UUCCAAUCUCCGUGCGAGUAGUACUGCUAACAUUGCUACUUAGUGUUAAUUAUGAGAUGCCGAAGUCAAGUCACAUUCACAAGUCUAUGUUAUUACGAGGUGUCGAAUUUGCGAAACCAGCGCUGACCCAAAGCGACAUCGAGGUAACCAAGAGCAAAGCUGCGAGAUCUGGUCGAGCUCAUGGAGGUGUACCAUUACAAGGUGACGGCAGAGCUCGCAACUCUUUCAAUUAUUCGAAUCAAUCUCAAAAUGGUAAUCAGCAGCGAGGAUCACGAAAUGGCUAUAACAACCAAAAUGGCCAUAACAAUCAAAAUCAGUUUCCUGUCCCACCUCCUGGUUGGCAACCACCGCCACCAGGUAUGGCUGGCUUUGCGCGUGGUCCUCCACCCCCACCUCCACCUGGAACGUACGGAUCCUGGCCUCCAGCACCGCAUCAAUACUCUCAACCUCCUGCUACUUAUGGCUAUACAAAGCCUAGACAAGGCCCACCAGGCAAUGGAGAGUUCAAUGAUCGUCGUAGAGGCGGCGACUAUCGAGGAGAUUCUUAUAGGGGACAGCGUGAUGAUUCCUACCGUGGGAACCAAGGACAAUAUCGGGGACGUUAGGAUGAGCCACGGAAGAGCACCGUGCGAAUUGGGCCUCGGUCAUCAAGGGGCAAUUGAAAGUGCACCAGGUGCUUCACAAUGUGGCUAGGCUGAAAUCUAGCUCCUGUACUCUAUUGUAGAUAUUUUGUAAAUUCAACCAUGAACUACA